ACGGGGGUGUGUGUGUCACCAGGAGCAGGGUUCACAUCAACUACCUCAGGUUUAAACCUUCCGCAGAAGUGUUGUGUUUCAUUCUGCUUUAGCCUGCGCUUUCCCUCCACUCCCCUCUUUCUCUCGCUCUCUCGUCCUCCUCAUCAUCUUCCGUCUUCACAGCCUCUUCUCUUGACUAGGAAGAGCUCCAUUCUGUCCAUCCUCUCCACUCUUGAGUGAGACCAGUUCGUUCGAUUCUGCACAUUUUUCUCUUAAAAGAGAGUCAAACAACAACCGAAAAAAAAUGGAGGCGAUCAAGAAGAAAAUGCAGAUGUUGAAGGGGGACAAGGAAAAUGCCUUCGAUCGUGCAGAGCAGGCCGAGACGGACAAGAAGGUGUCAGAGGACAAGUGUAAGCAGUUGGAGGACGAGCUGCUGGGGCAACAGAAGAAACUCAAGGGGACAGAGGAUGAACUGGACAAGUACUCUGAGGCCCUCAAAGACGCCCAGGAGAAACUGGACCUGUCUGAAAAGAAGGCCACAGAUGCUGAAGGCGAAGUGGCUGCUCUGAACCGCAGGAUCCAGCUAAUCGAGGAGGAGCUGGACCGAGCCCAAGGAAGACUGAGCACCGCACUCCAGAAACUAGAAGAAGCUGAGAAAGCAGCCGAUGAAAGCGAGAGAGGCAUGAAGGUGAUUGAGAACCGUGCCAUGAAAGACGAGGAGAAAAUGCAAAUUCAGGACCUACAGCUUAAGGAGGCCAAACACAUCGCUGAAGAUUCUGAUCGCAAAUAUGAAGAGGUGGCUCGUAAGCUGGUGAUCAUAGAGACUGAGCUGGAGAGAGCAGAGGAGAGGGCUGAGGUUGCUGAGCUUAAAAGUGGAGAUCUUGAGGAGGAACUUAAAAAUGUAACCAACACCCUGAAGUCUUUAGAGGCCCAGUCUGAAAAGUACUCAGAGAAAGAAGACAAGUACGAGGAAGAGAUCAAUCUUCUCAAUGACAAACUGAAAGAGGCAGAGACGCGUGUUGAGUUUGCAGAGAAAAAUGUAUCCAAACUGGAAAAGACCAUUGAUGACCUUGAGGAGACUCUAGCACAUGCUAAAGAUGAGAACCUGAAUUUAAACCAAGUCUUGGAUCAAACACUUCAAGAACUCAACAGCUUGUGAAUAACAAAAAAUAAGAAACCAUCACAUCAAGCAACAUUCCACAUGCGUGUGUCUGUAGGUUUGGGUGUGUUUGUAGUUCAUUUUUUUUUCUGCUUUAUUGUGUUGCCUGAGUCAUGCUCUCCUAUUUUUAUCCCACGUCCACCCACACAUUUUCUUUAUGUUGCCAAGUAAACCAUUGUUAUAUAUUAUAAUGUAACACAAAGGGUGAUGAUACAAAUGACUGGUCAUGGUAUAACGUUCACACCUGUCAUGCAUAACACCCAACCUCCACCUUUGAUCAACAUAUUUUAACUCAAUAGGCCUAUUCCACAUCAACGCAUCCUUCGGACCUCUAACUACUUCGGACCUGGCACAACGUCCGCAGUUACAAAUGAAAGUUGUCAUGAUUCCUGAAUUGAUAUGUCUAUUCCACAUUUGUGUAUUUAUUUAUUUUACAUCCACACCUAUUUGUAGUUUUUUUUUAAAUGCCGCUUAGACAUUUUUAAAAAGAAUUAUUCACAAAAUUUACACUUACAGAUUAAUUUAGGUUGUAUUAGAUGUGUAGAUUUCAUGUGUAGGAUGUUUAGGGAAUUGUUGUCUAGUUUUAUUGGUUAAUUUGAAGUCACUAAUAAUUUUUUUAAUUAAGCUAUUUUUUCCUUUUACUUAUC